CCCUCCCUGCGCAUGCUCAGUCGGCGCUGCAGCGUUGGAACUUGGCAGCGGCGGCUGAGGGAGGAUGAGGAUGGCGUCGCCGGUGUCGCCUCCGAGCUCCUGAGGUGGCCCUCAUGGGGCUGGGCUCCAGCUCCGAAGUCCCCGACGGGGGCUCCGAGGGAUAUCAUGUGCACGGGGUUCAGGAAAACUCCCCUUCUCAGCAGGCUGGACUGGAGCCGUUCUUUGAUUUCAUCCUCACAAUAGGACACACCAGACUGAACAAAGAAGGGGACAUCUUAAAAGAUUUGCUGAAAGCCAAUGUUGAGAAGGCUGUGAAACUGGAGGUGUACAACAUUAAAACAAUGAAAGUGCGUGAAGUGGAGGUGGUCCCCAGCAAUAUGUGGGGAGGGCAGGGGCUCCUGGGAGCCAGCGUGAGGUUCUGUAGCUUCCAAAGAGCCAAUGAGCAUGUGUGGCAUGUGCUGGAUGUGGAACCGGCUUCCCCAGCAGCGCUGGCUGGCCUGAAGCCGCACACCGAUUAUAUUGUUGGAUCGGAUCAGAUACUGCAGGAGUCCGAAGAUUUUUUCUCAUUGAUUGAAACCCAUGAGGGGAAGCCAUUGAAACUGAUGGUCUAUAACACAGAAGCUGAUUCCUGUCGAGAGGUUUUUGUAACCCCCAAUGGAGCCUGGGGUGGAGAAGGAAGUUUAGGGUGCGGCAUUGGAUAUGGCUAUUUGCACAGAAUUCCAACACAGCCUUCUAUACCAAAGAAAAAGGCAGAAGCUGGUCCUCCUUCUCCUUUGCCCUUGGGAGACACACCUCCUGAACCACCAACCAAUGGCUAUACAGAGGCUCCUCUGUUAGCACCAAACUCCCAAAGCGAAGAACCUGCAAGCUUAGAGUACAGCCCAGAUCAAAGUGUAAAUAUGUAUUCAGUAGAAAAUUCUCUUCAGCCUCCUCCUCCUGUGCAGAGAGUCAUGGAUCCAGGUUUUAUAGAUAUGUCUGGAGCUUCUUUUCCUGAAUUAAUUGACUUAGUGAAAACAGUCAAGGUGCCUUCCUCUGCUUCUUUCAACUUGCCAGACACUGUUGCAGCAACUGAUAGCUUGGUAUCUAACAACGGAAUUGAUUCACACUUUGACCAGGCCUCUAUUCCAGUUUCAGAAGAUUCAGUAUCUUAUGCAGAGGGCUCAAGUGCUCAGCCAGAGUUGGAUACAGCGCCUUCAGUUUCUGUUUUGCCAUCCCUUCCUGUGGAUAUCUCUGUAAAUGCAACAUCUAAAGCUGAUGGUGGUGCUCAAGAAACACUUCUGCUUUUAGAUGGGACUGAGAGCCCGCAAAUGACCAAAGCUUUACAACCUGACAGUGAAGAUGAAAAGGCCAAGGAAUUGACAGAAGAAAUUGCACAGAUCUAGUGCUAAAAGUGACAGCACUUGCUAUCAGCUGUAAGGACAUUGGUAUCAGACAAUAAGGCUUUUGGUACCCAGUGACAUCUAUUGUGUUGCUAUAUUACAGUAAUACUGCAAGAAUUCAAGCUGUUUCCAGUGAUCUUGACCCAGCCUUUCAUUUUCUGAUAGGUUUUGACAUCUACAACUACUGCUCAGCAAUAACACUGAUAAUUUGACUUGGAAUAAGUUCUUUAAAAAUGCU